UACCACCAGGAUCACUGAGCUGCUGAGCGGAGAGGUUCCUAUAAGGUGUCAGGAUGUCACUGUCUAUUUCUCCAUGGAGGAAUGGGAGUAUUUAGAAGGACACAAGGAUCUGUACAAGGACAUCAUGAUGGAGAACCACCAGUCCCUCACAUCACCGGAUGGAUCCACUAAGAGAAAUCCACCAGAGAGAUGUCCCAGUCCUCUGCAUUCCCAGGACUGUCCAGAGGAGAAACCAAAUGUCCCACUGGAUCAUCAGGAAAGUUAUGGCGGAAUGACGAAUGAACUUGAAAAAUCUGCAUCUAUUUCAGUGAAAGAUGAGGACACAAAAGAUUUCCACGGACAUCUCCUUUCAUCUGAAAAAGUAGAAGAUAACAAUGUCACACCAGCUAAUGUACCCUUAGACCUUCACAGCAGAGAUCUAUCUACCGAUACCGUUGGUCACAAGAAUCUUUUGUCUAGUCAAUCACAGAGUCACUCUAAUGAAGCUUUGCAUGAAAUAAUUCACAGAGAUGAAAGACCACUUUCAAUUUCAGAAUGUGGAGAGUAUUUUAGUCAGAAAUCAAAUCUUGUGGAGCCUCAAAGACCUCCCACAGGAGAGAAGCCAUUUCCAUGUUCACAAUGUGAGAAGUGUUUUAGGAAGAAAUCAUAUCUUGUGAAACAUCUAAGAGUUCACACAGGAGAGAAGCCGUUUUCGUGUACAGAAUGUGGGAAAUGUUUUAGCCAGAAAACAAACCUUAUGGAACAUUCAAAAAUUCACACAGGUCAAAAACCAUUUUCAUGUUCCGAAUGUGGCAAAAGUUUUUGCAAAAGAUCUGCUCUUGUUAAGCAUGAGAGAACUCAUGUAGGAGAGAAGCCAUUUUCAUGUCCAGAAUGUGGGAAAUGUUUCAGUCGGAAAUCAAAUGUGGUAGAACAUCUAAGAGUUCACACAGGAGAGAAGCCGUUUUCAUGUCCUGAUUGUGGGAAAUGUUUUGGUCAGAAAUCGGCUCUUGUUACUCAUCAAAGAACUCACACUGAGAAGAAGCCAUAUUCAUGUCCUGAAUGUGGGAAACGUUUCCGUCAAAAAUCACAUAUUGUUAAACAUCAUCAGAGAGCUCACACAGGAGAGAAGCCAUUUUCAUGUCCGGAAUGUGGAAAAUGUUUUAGUUCCCAAGAAAAUCUUGUGAAGCAUCGAAAAAUUCACACAGGGGAGAAGCCGUUUUCAUGUUCAGCAUGUGGGAAAUGUUUUGGUCGCAAAUCGGUUCUUGUCGAACAUCUGAGGACUCACACAGGGGAGACACCAUUUUCUUGUCCUGAAUGCGGGAAAUGUUUUAGUCAGAAAAGAAAUCUUGUAAAACAUCGAAUAAUCCACACAGGGGAGAAGCCGUAUGCAUGUUCAGAAUGUGGAAAAGGUUUUAUCGACAAAUCAUUUCUUGUUGAACAUGAGAGAACUCACACAGGGGAGAAGCCGCUUUCGUGUCCUGAAUGCGGGAAAUGUUUUGCCCAUAAAUCAGCUCUUAAUAGGCAUAAGAGAAUUCACACAGGAGAGAAUCAGUUUUCAUGUCCUGAUGCGGCAAAUGUUUUAGUCACUAAUCAAGUCGUAUGGGACAUCUAAGGGCUCACACAGGAGAGAAGCCGUUGUCAUGUUCAGAAUGUGGGAAAUGUUUUGGUUGGAAAUCGGUUCUUGUUGAACAUUAGAGAACUCAUACAGGAGAGAAUUUAUUUUCAGGUCCUAUUGUGGGAGAUAUUUUUGACAGAAAUAAAAGCUUAUGAAACACCUAAGAGUUCCCACAGGAGAGACACCAUCUUCAUGUUCUGAAUGUGGCAAACGUUUUAGCCACAGAGCAGGUUUUGCCAAAGAUCAGAGAACUCACACAGGGGAAAUGUAAGAACUGUUGCCGGUCUGCGGCUUUAGUUUAAAACCUGCAGCCUAAGUAUUACUCAGAAGACCUGUGCCGAGUUAUUCCAACAUUGAGUUUAGUCACUGCCACUGUUCCACAUCAGGACCGCAGCUACAAUACAUAGGCGCCAUUCUGCGCUAAUGACUGAUUUCUUUUAUGACAAAACAAAGCUGUUUGCUACGUAGAAGGGGAAAGCAAAGGGGGUUAAUUCACACUUCAGUACGACAAUACCAAAGGAUAACCGUCUCCUUACUGAUCAGUAUUACAGACCCUACUUUUUUUAUUUUGGGGUUUAUUUCCCAUCUGUAUGAUUCCACAUCGCAAACUACACGUUAUCAAAAACUUGGUAAAAUUUACACGUUAAUUAAAGGAACUCUUUGGACAAUGUAGGACCCAUUAGAUGUGGACUAAAGCAAAUCCAAGCAGUAGAGAAGCUAUAGUAGAACUGGAAAUGAGAUUGUGUCUGUUUUUGAGCAAUUAUUACCAUUGACAUUGCAGAAACUUGUGCUGGAAGUGAUUCCUGAAAUGUAGAUACAAUGUAAGAAAUAGAAGUUUUCGGUCUUAGAAGAGUUCACUUCAUCUUCAAUCAGUGUGGUCAUUUUAUAAUACAGAGUGUUUUCUCAUAUAGUUAGAAAAUAAGGUAGAAAAAAGACUUGUAUCCAUCAAGUUCA